UCUUAGCAAAAGAGUCCUUUCUGUUCAGCUCAGGCAGAAAAAAACAGGCACAGAUUGGGCUGGGAAAAAUGCAUCACUUUACUGUAGUCCCAGUAAAAGACCAGCAAAAGUCAGAUUAUGAAAGCUUUGAAGGUGUGAACUGGGUUGAUUACAGAGAGGCUGGGUACAGUUCAGGAGACCCAAAUGAUACAGUGAGCUCUGAUGGUCAUGGAUAUCACAAAGAAGACAGUCCUUUCCUAAACAAAACUGAUAGCAUAAAAGGAAAUGAAUAUUAUGACAGAAAUUUGGCCUUAUUUGAGGAGGAACUGGACAUUCGACCAAAGGUAUCAUCGCUCCUCAGCAGAUUGGCUAAUUACACAAACAUCACUCAGGGUGCAAAGGAACAUGAGGAAGCGGAAAGUGCAGAAAGUUCAAAGAAAAGAACACCUAAGUCUCCCAAUAUGGGAACCCUGAUGGGAGUAUACUUACCUUGCCUACAGAAUAUCUUUGGAGUGAUCCUGUUUCUACGUUUGACAUGGCUUGUUGGAAUUGCAGGGAUCUUGCAAUCUUUCUGUAUUGUGUUCAUGUGUUGCUGUUGUACAAUGUUAACAGCCAUCUCAAUGAGUGCCAUCGCAACAAAUGGAGUUGUACCAGCUGGAGGUUCUUACUUUAUGAUCUCAAGGUCUCUUGGUCCUGAAUUUGGAGGUGCUGUGGGCCUGUGUUUCUAUCUUGGAACGACGUUUGCAGGAGCCAUGUAUAUACUUGGUGCCAUUGAAAUUCUACUGGCCUACAUUGUUCCUGCAGCAGCUAUAUUUAAACCUGUUCAACCACAUGAAGAAACCAGUGCUAUGCUUCACAACAUGAGAAUCUAUGGGACAAUCUUCCUCACAUUGAUGUGUCUGGUUGUUUUCAUAGGUGUCAAAUAUGUUAAUAAAUUUGCCUCUUUGUUUUUGGUAUGUGUGAUACUAUCCAUCCUGUCCAUUUACAUGGGUGUUAUCAAAUCAGCAGUUUAUCCUCCAGAAUUUAAGAUAUGCAUGUUAGGAAAUCGAACACUUUCUCGAAAUCUAUUUGAUAUUUGUGCCAAAACCACAACUGAAAACAAUUUGACAGUGACAACUAAAUUAUGGGACCUGUUCUGCACUUCUAAAAAUCAGACAGACACUUGUGAUGAGUAUUUUAUGCAAAAUAAUGUCACAGAAAUCCAAGGAAUUCCGGGUGUAGCAAGUGGCAGAAUAAAAGACAAUCUGUGGAGCAGCUACAUGACCAAAGGAGAGAUAUUACAAAAGCAUUCUUUACCAUCAGUUGAAGUUUCUGGAUCAAGAAGGAAUCUGCCUGUCUAUGUGUUUGCAGACAUAACUACUACGUUUACAAUGUUGGUUGGCAUCUUCUUCCCUUCGGUAACUGGUAUCAUGGCUGGUUCUAAUAGAUCAGGAGACCUGAAAGAUGCACAGAAGUCCAUUCCCAUUGGUACUAUCCUGGCUAUUGCUACAACCUCAUUAAUUUACUUAAGCAGUGUUGUGUUAUUUGGAGCCUGUAUUGAAGAUGUUGUACUCAGAGAUAAGUAUGGUGAUGCUGUGAAUAACAAUCUGGUCAUUGGAACUCUGGCCUGGCCUUCUCCAUGGGUUAUUGUGAUUGGUUCCUUUUUCUCAACAUGUGGUGCAGGUUUACAGAGCCUAACCGGAGCUCCACGGUUGUUGCAAGCCAUAGCUAAAGACAAUAUCAUACCUUUCUUGAGGGUAUUUGGCAAUGGAAAGGCUAAUGGUGAGCCGACCUGGGCUCUUCUUUUGACAGCUGUUAUAGCUGAACUUGGAAUUCUGAUAGCUUCACUUGAUAUGGUGGCUCCCAUUCUCUCAAUGUUUUUUUUAAUGUGCUAUCUGUUUGUAAACUUGGCCUGUGCGGUGCAAACACUUCUACGAACUCCAAACUGGCGUCCACGGUUUAAAUACUACCAUUGGGCUUUGUCGUUUUUAGGUAUGACCAUGUGCAUUGCACUAAUGUUCAUUUCUUCAUGGUAUUAUGCUCUUGUGGCGAUGUUAAUUGCGGGAAUGAUAUACAAAUACAUUGAAUACCAAGGUGCAGAGAAGGAGUGGGGUGAUGGCAUUCGGGGCCUGUCCUUAAGCGCAGCUCGUUAUGCCUUGCUCAGGUUGGAAGAAGGUCCUCCUCACACUAAGAACUGGAGGCCUCAGUUGUUAGUUAUGCUGAAACUGGAUGAAGAUCUCCAUGUGAAGCAUCCCAGAUUGCUAACAUUUGCCUCUCAGUUAAAAGCUGGCAAGGGUCUUACUAUUGUUGGUUCUGUUAUUCAAGGAAAUUUCCUGGAAAAUUAUGGGGAAGCGCAGGCUGCUGAACAAACAAUCAAAAACAUGAUGGCAAUUGAAAAGGUCAAAGGAUUUUGCCAAAUAGUAGUUUCUUCAAAGGUGCGAGAGGGUAUUGCACAUUUAAUUCAAUCGUGUGGUCUUGGUGGAAUGAAGCAUAAUUCAGUUGUUAUGGGGUGGCCAUAUGGUUGGAGACAGAGUGAAGAUCCCAGGGCUUGGAAAACUUUCAUAGACACUGUGAGAGUCACGACGGCUGGCCAUCUAGCCCUACUGGUGCCAAAAAAUGUUUCUUUCUACCCAAGUAAUCACGAACGCUUCACUGAGGGCCACAUUGAUGUUUGGUGGAUUGUGCAUGAUGGAGGCAUGUUGAUGCUGCUUCCAUUCCUCCUUCGACAACACAAGGUCUGGAAAAAAUGUAGGAUGCGCAUUUUCACUGUCGCCCAAAUGGAUGACAAUAGUAUUCAAAUGAAAAAGGAUCUUGCGACUUUUCUUUAUCAUCUACGCAUUGAAGCAGAAGUUGAAGUUGUUGAAAUGCAUGGCAGUGAUAUUUCAGCUUAUACGUAUGAAAGGACUCUCAUGAUGGAGCAACGGUCACAGAUGUUAAGGCAGAUGAGGCUAUCCAAGACGGAGCAAGAAAGAGAGGCUCAGUUAGUAAAAGACAGGAAUUCAAUCAUUCAUCAAGGCAAUGUUUACUCGGAUGAAGAGGAGGAGAUACAUGUUGACCCUGACAGAAUACAGAUGACGUGGACAAAAGAAAAAUGUGAAUCUGAAAGAAACCGCACUAGAGCCACCACACCAAACAGUUUCAGAGAAUUAAUCAGUAUUAAACCGGACCAGUCAAAUGUAAGGAGAAUGCACACAGCAGUGAAACUGAAUGAGGUCAUAGUAAAUAAGUCUCACGACGCCAAGCUGGUUUUGCUAAACAUGCCUGGUCCACCAAAAAAUCAAGAUGGAGAUGAAAACUAUAUGGAAUUUCUGGAGGUACUUACAGAAGGUCUGGAGAGGGUACUGCUGGUACGAGGUGGUGGUUGUGAAGUCAUCACUAUUUAUUCUUGAACAUAACUACCUUCUGAAGACAGAUGUGGUGGAAACCUGACCAUAGAAGACAUUCAGUACACUGUGCGCUAUUAAACAAUUCUCUUGUUGUUCAGUGCCUCAGACAAAGAUUCCCAUGACUCAUCUUCCAAGCUCAGACUGUCAGUUGACACAAUAAGUGCUGUUCCAGUUAAAUGCAAUUAUCUUCAAAAGUCCUGCACUACAACCAAAAGUUAAAAUGUGACAGCUGUUACAAGUGUGGUAACAGAAGAACGGGUGUGUAAAAGUGCACUGUUUUUAGCAAUGCCAGGAAUAAGCUUGGGCUUUGAGUUUGGAAUCCUUGUUUGAUGUCAGUAUUGAGCUUUGCACUGCUUUCUUGGUCAGUUGACAAUACAUUUAUUGGAAUUAGCUGCUAGAACAGCUCAAUUGUAAUGCAACUUUAUACAAUUGUACUUAAGGACACAGCUCGCAGAAUCACAAGUUGGAGUGAUAGCUCCAGCAGUACAUUCCGUGUAUUGCAGAAUAUGGAUUUUAAAAUAUUUUGACAAGUUUAACUGUUUGUUAAUGGAUAGCUUCUAACAGUGUUUUUCGCAGUAGACACUAAUUAUGAAAUAGUGAGAUCCAAACUGUCUCGCUGUAUCUUCCAAGGCUUGUGAUUGUGUACUAGGCAGAAAAGCCCUAUUUAUUUUAGUAUUUAUUUUUUUCAUAUUGUCCAGAGUAAAAAGCACUAUAUGGCUUUUCUUGUAGUAUUACUGAAAAUAAUUAGGCCCAUCAGUUCGUGGACCACCUUUUGAAAUAAAUGUAUUACAGCCUCGCACAGUGUGUCCAAAAUUGGUCCCGACUAUGGUAAGCUUGUAAUUGCACAAGAAAAGGAGCUGCUAUCUGUUCAAUUGAAAUUUUUUGCAAAACUAUUGUCAGCUGUUUAAAUUAUUCUUUAUAGUUUGGAGCUUUUCCUUUACUAUAAUGUGCUUUUGUUUAUCAUAAACAAAAUGUUAUUUUUCUCAAUAAAGCACUGUACAAGGUUUCUCAAACCA